AGCCUCUCAUCAAGCCCUGCCACUAGCCCUUCAAAUUCCAGUUGCAGCCCUUCGUCCAGUGUCACAGUGGAUCCUAAAACUGCCUUUGUUCCUCAACCAUCAGAACCUUUGUUUAUUCAUGAUUUGCGAAUUUGUGCUGCAAAUGAUUGUUCCAGAGGCCAGCUUGCUACCCUUAAUCUUCCGCCUGUAAUUCAAAUUCCAGACGAUGACAUCGAGCUGGUUGUUGAUCCUGGGCAUCUUUACAAUCCUCUGCAGUCCCCAGUCAGGCCUUCAGAAUCAGCAAUCACUAAGGGUUAUAGACUGAUGGAUGCGGCAACUGGAGAAACCAGUGAUGAUGAGGAUUUCGACACUGCAGUCAAGUUUGGAGUACUUGGGGUCUUUGACAGCAGAGCUCUAGACAUUUGGAUGAAAGCAUCAAAAGCUUCCUCCAUUAAGUUUAUAGUCCAAGAAGAG